AUGGUUCGUUGGUCGCAGUACAAUGAGGAUUCUUAUCGCCUUCCCGAGGGUUUUCGGAGAAUAGGAUAUGAUGCAGACACCAUGCGUUAUACAUUCUCCGACAAAAGGGGGAAGCUCUACCAAAGUCCACCUGGCGAGGAGUACGGUACCCUGACACCAGUCAUUUCUACGUCGACUAGCAGACCAGAAGCCUUUUAUUCAGACAGAACAAAACCCAAAGUCUCUGUCUCGACUAGUCCUGCUGCCAAGACGUUCCAUGACUUUCUACCUUCCUCCGCUAUAACAUCUCCCUCAUCGUCCUCGGACCGGAAUUCACUAUCACCGCCGUCGCCUGGUAUGCAGUUCGUUAAUGCCGCAAGGCGGACUGCGCUUCCCAAAAUGCAGGGCGUUGUCCAGAGCUUGCGUCGAUCCACCACGUCCGCGAAUAAAUCUGGCCACUCUUACGACGAUGAGAGGCGUGGCCUGCUGCGGAUCCCUUCGACCUCGACUACUGCCAGUUCAGUCUCAGCUAGCACUGUGGGUCGAUCGAAGAGUUCUGCCACACAGCGUUCACAGUACCAGUAUACCAAGACUCAUUCGAGAAAGUCCAGCGUCUGA